AUGGCUCCCCGCGAGGAGCUGAUUACGUCUGCUGUGACUUUUCUCCAAGACCCAUCUGUCGCAUCAUCGCCUAUUGAAAAACGAGUUGCAUUUCUGCAAUCCAAAAACUUGACACAAGAGGAGGUCGACCUCGCUCUGUCGCGUGUCGGCGAGGACCCGGCUGCGGCUGCAGCUGCAGCUGCAGCGGCUACCGGUGCUGCACCAUCGUCGCAAAGUUACCCUUCACAACAGGUCGCUUAUCGACCGCCACCACAAUCACCUCAAGGAUAUGGCUAUCCUCCAUAUGGCCCCCCUAAGCGAGACUGGAGAGAUCUGUUCAUCAUGGCGACUGUAAUGGGUGGAGUUGGAUAUGGAUUGUAUUUCGUUGGCAAGCGAUACAUUGCUCCGCUCAUUGCUCCUCCUACCCCUCCUCAACUGGAGCAAGAUAAAGAGAAUAUCGACGAGCAGUUCUCGCGCGCAUUUGGCUUGAUUGAUCAGCUUUCGACCGAUACCGCAGCCCUUAAGGCUGCCGAAGACGCUCGCACCGAGCGUCUGGAUGCAGCUCUGAAGGAUGUGGAAAACCUCGUUUCAGACCUGAAGACAUCUUCGCGCCGGAGAGAUGACGAGACACGCAGAAUUAGCGAUGAAGUGAAGUCGUUGAAGGAUGCGAUUCCCAAGGCCCUUGAAGGUGCCCGGGAAGGCAAUGAGAACCGAUUGAAGGAGCUUGGAACCGAGCUGAAGAGCUUGAAGGUCCUGUUGGGCAACCGCCUGGGUGGUGGCGGUGGAGCUGCUCCCGCUGCUGGACGGACUGUUGGCAGCUCGACCCCGAUCCCUAGCCCAACAUCGACUCCGGCGCCCGCACCUCGGCCUGCUACAGAGGACGCCCCUGCUAGUACUCCGGCCUUGAAUGCCCUGCAGCCCACUGUGACCCCGGCCGAACAGGAGCCUUCUCCUGCCCCUGCUGCUCCAGCUGCUGCUCCGGCUCCCCAAAACUCAGACAGCCCUCUCUCAAAGCUAGGCCGAUCCGCCUCCAUCCCGGCCUGGCAGAUGGCGGCUUCCAACCGCUCCAAGAGCUCCUCUCAGAACCGCGGCGAACUCGCUGAAGGAUGGUACGACCCCGCAACACUGAAGCGAGCGCGAGAAAAUGCGGACGAAGUACAGCCAUAUUCGGGUGGAGGUCGAGCAUCACCAGAAUAUAAUCGGGGCCGACCAGCGGAUAAUGAAGGCGAGCAGGAACUGCCGACUGCAGAAGAUGACGAUGAGGAUGACGACGACGAAUAUGGACCGACUCUUCCACAUCCAGGAUCAAUGGGAGGAAACUCUCGUUCUGGACCGACUAUACCAAAUAUGCAAGAUCUUGACCUUAAAAGAGAAUCUGCAAUUGAAGAUGCAAUUGCUGCCCGUGAGGAGUCACGAGACCAAUAUCGUUCUGAGAUUCGUUCCCACAAGGCAGAGAUGCGGCACCUACAGGAUGAAGUUGCACCUCGUGCUGAACCCGGCACCCGGGAACGACAGCUUGAGAAACGCCGGGAAGCUGCUGCAGCGAAUCGCUCGUUUGCAGAUGCGCGGGGAGCGUCUCCCGAGGCAGCACCAGAUGAAGAUCUCAUGGGUGCUGGAGAUGGCGAGUGGGCUAAUCUCAAGAAAGAGAAAGAACGUGACCAGAGAAAGAAGAAUGAGCGGGAGCUUCGUAGGGAAGAGAUUAUGCGCGCGCGUGCUGCAGAGCGAGAAGAGCGAAUCCAAAAGUAUCGGGAGAAGGAGGACGAAACCAUUGGCUGGCUGCAGGCUUUGGCGAAGCAACGAUUUGGCUAA